UGUGCUAUUGUACCCCGACGAAAAGAUGGUUACUUCCAAGAAACACCACGUGACCCGAGAGGCGGGAAAACUCAACACUUUUUUAGUGUUUACGGGAGGAGCACUAUAAUUACUCUUCCCAAGAUCAAGCGAGAUUUUGGUCGGCUAGAUUUAUUUGUUAACUCUAGAGUUAGUGUCCAGUUUUUGUGAAAUAGACGCAGAUCGCGCAUAUUUAUUUUUAACCUAAAAGAAGAAGUCGAUCAUCGCAAAAAUCUUCGAAUCUCCUGUGAGUGACCUUGGACACAGCUAGUGCACAGGUGAUUCAGAAUGGGGGUGGACCUGUCCACAUACAGGGCUAGGAUUGGCUGCUUCAGGAACCCCGGGCAUGACACCCAGCGCUGUGGGGCAGAGGUGUCAUAUUUGCUGGUGUGGCUGAUCAUGUCACAACUACUGUUGAAGCUAGCGGGUGAUGUGGAGGAGAAUCCUGGACCCAGGCAAAGAAAGACACCAAAGGGAAAGAAAGCCCAGGAAAGCCAGAGGUCUUCAGAAUCAGAUGUACAGGAGACAGGAGCCAUAUGCAGGUGAAGGGUUUGUGUUUUGCCCUUUUGACACAGAUGGACCAAUGGAUCUUAUCAUGUCAGUUGCAUAUUGCUGUUAAAAAUUGGCAUUCUCCUGACAAAGUAAUGUACCCUUAGAGUGUCCUUUACAUGUAGAGCGUAUUGGGGGAUUUGGGAAUUGUUUUUUCAAAGCAAUCUCUUAUGCAUUGUUUGGAAUUGAGGAACACCAUGGCACGCUAAGGUCUAUGUUAGUUGCAUACAUGCAGACAUUACCACAUGUUUUUUGCCAGAAUCACCUUCCUGCAGGAAUGUCCAUGACUGAAUACUUGGCAUCCAGUCAAAUGCGUUUUGUAGGUGUAUGGGCAACUGAUGUGGAGAUCUACGCCAUGGCUUCAAUGCUUAGAAAACCUAUCUUUGUCUAUACGUUUUAUGGCACAGGCAUUGGGUGGAAAUGGAACAGAUUUUCUCCAACAGGAACUAUAGAAGACACUUACUUGUCAGAUGAUAUGCAUAACCAUGGUAUCUAUAUCCAACAUACAGAUGGAAAUCAUUUGACAUUGUUACACAUGUUAUGAGCACAGAGCAGGUGAGGGAUAUGACAAGGUACCAACGGUGGCGCCACAUGCAAACAAUUACAUCUGAAAAAGCAGAGCAAUUCCUUGCAGCAGACCGCAGGAGAAAGGCCACAAGUGCUCUUGAUGAAGAAUACAAGAAAUGUAAAAGGUUCCAAGAAAAUGUAAGAUAUCAUAGGGAUGAGGUCAACAGAAAGAGAAAAUGCAGCCAACAACAGACCAGGUACCAGACUGACGAUAACCACAGGAUGGAAAAACUUGAACAACAACAGGUCAGGUACCACACUGAUGAGGACCACAAGAGGGAGAAACUUGAACAACAACAGGUCAGGUACCACACUGAUGAGGACUACAAGAGGGAGAAACUUGAACAACAACAGGUCAGGUACCACACUGAUGAGGACCACAAGAGGGAGAAACUUGAACAACAACAGGUCAGGUACCACACUGAUGAGGACCACAAGAGGGAGAAACUUGAACACCAACAGACAAGGUACCAGAGUGAUGAGAACUACAGGAGGGAGAAACUUGAACAAGACAGGGAGAAGUAUCAAAAUGAUGCAGAACUAAGAGCAGAAAAAAUAGCGCAGGUGCAGCGUAAUAUUAAAGAGAAACGUGAUUCCACAAUGGUGGAGCAAGCUGUUAGAAAAUUUCAGAAAGAAUGCAAAGAAGGACUAAAACAUGUUUGUACUGUAUGCCAUAAGAUUUUCUUCCGUUCUCAAGUUGUGGUGUGCAAUCGAUCUAAGUUCGAUCCUUCAGUACAAGUCAGUCUGACAGGUAAGUAUGUUCAUAAAUGUAACAGUGAGUGUAACACAGCCUUGUCGUAUCCUUGAGUCCCAUGGUAAGGAAUGGAUAUGUUACACAUGCAAAGGUUACUUGAUGAAGAAGAAAGUACCAGCCCAAGCACAAACAAACAAGAUGAGUCUUCCUGAAAUACCUUCAGAGUUGAAAUGUCUCAAUACACUAGAGUCACAGUUAAUAGCUCCAAGAAUACCCUUUAUGAAGGUAACAGCUCUGCCAAAAGGUAGCCAAAAAGGAGUUCACGGUCCUGUAGUUUGUGUUCCAGCUGAUGUAGGUAAAACACAUGCGGUUCUUCCGAGAAUGCCAUCAGAGGCACAGUUUGUUAAAGUGAAGCUUAAGAGAAAGCUAGAGUACAGUGGACAUUACAUGUACAGACAAAUUAGUCCAUUGAAGGUUGAUGCAGCCCUCCAAUAUCUUGUAGAAAAUAAUCAUCAUUACAAUGGUGUGUCCCUGGACACUGACUGGCUUUUGUCGUGGAAUGAAGAAGAGGGACUUAUCCAGCCAUCUGCCACUGUAAGUGAUCCGAAUAAUGAUAAUGUGCAACUUCAGACAGAAGACGAGCAACAAGAGUCGGACAGUACUGAAGGGAAUGGCACGAACGGGGCAGCUGGAGACGGCAUGGAAGACGAGGAGACGGACCACAUCAUUGGACAGAUUGAUAUGGAAGCAGUAACGACAGAAGCAGCUCUGAACGAGGAGGAUGAACUGGACAAUCGUUUGAGGGGUCUUCCCCACGACACUUGUCUCCAACCGGUAGACAUAGGGCAGGACUACCUUGAUCACCACGAGGAACACAUCCUUUGUGUGGCUCCAGGAGAGGGCAGUAAGCCGGUAUCUGUCUUUAAGGAAGUUGGAGGAGAGGCGAUGUCUUUCCCAGUUCAGUUUCCAACAGGACAGUAUUCUUUCAAUGAUGACCGUGAGAUACGUAUAACUGCUAGUCAAUACUUUAAGACACGUCUAAUGGGUGCUGAUGCACGGUUUGCCAGAGAUACAUCCUACAUCUUCUAUUCACAGUACGUGACGGAAUUGCAUUUUAUACGAUCAAACAUGUCCAUAUCAUUGCGAAAAAGUACACCAAUCUUGAGUGACGGGCGUAGAAUUGGGGCCCAAAUGUUGUCCAACAGAGAGGACGUAAAGGCCAUUCUAAAGUCAGACGAAGGCUAUCGCUUCCUUCAGCCAGUCAGGGGUACUCCACAAUACUGGGAGAAGGCGCUAAAUGAGUUGUAUGCAAUGAUAAGACAGCUGGGAAUUCCAACCUGGUUUGUGACGUUUUCAGCCGCGGAUCUGCGAUGGCCAGAAGUGUUGGAGGCGAUUCGGCAAGAUCAUAGUGCGGUACCAGUAAGCGACUUGUCGUGGGAGGAGCGUUGUGACAUUUUGAAGAGUAAUCCUGUCACUGCUGCUCGCAUGUUCGAUCACCGAGUCCAGCUGUUUUUCAAACACGUCAUUAAGUCUCCAUCACAACCGAUUGGGGAGGUAGUUGAUACAUUUACCAGGACAGAGUUUCAGCAGCGUGGAAGUCCACACAUCCAUUGUUUGUUGUGGGUGAUAGAUGCGCCUAAAUUGAAUGUAAAUUCUGACGAGGAGAUCUGCUCUUUUGUGGAUAGGUAUGUUUCCAGUGAGCUACCCAACUCAGAGACAGAUAAAGAAUUGUUUGACAUAGUCAGCCAGGUUCAAAUGCAUCGAAAAGGUCAUACAGCAUCGUGCAAAAAAGGUGGCAAGGCUUGUAGGUUCGGGUUUCCUAAACCUCCCGUAAAGCAGACAUUCCUGUGUGGCCCGGUGGCUUUGCAGGAUCUUACCGAAGAAGAAUUGGCAUCCCUUCCAGCUAGAAAGGGGCAAGCGGAAGCAGUCCUAAAAAAAUUCUGGGAUGUGUUGGACAAGAAGAGUGAGCCGGAGAAGUGCUGCACUGACGAUCUUCUCAAGGAGGCAAAGCUGACGACUGCACAGUUCUGUGAGGCUUUCAACUUGAUGGCCACCAGGAAGCAAGUAGUGCUCAGGCGUGAGCCAAAGGACAUGUGGGUGAACAAUUACAAUCCGCACCUGCUCCGCGCUUGGAAUGCGAACAUGGACAUUCAGUAUGUACUGGAUGCAUAUAGCUGUGUCAGGUACAUUGUGUCGUACAUCAGCAAAGCAGAGAGAGAAAUGGGAAAGCUACUCAAACAGGCCCAGAAAGAGGCAAGGGAAGGGAAUGAGGAUGUAGUGAAUGAAAUGAGAAAGGUUGGCAGCAAGUACAUUUACCAUAGGGAAGUGAGUGCCCAGGAGGCAGUGUAUCGAGUUUGUAGCCUAAGACUAAAAGAUUGUUCGAGAGAGGUCAUAUUUAUUCCAACAGAUGAGAAGGCUAGUCGCCUGUCUAAACCCUUGGCAGAGAUCCAAAACCUUGCUAAUGCAGAAAACGGUGACGAUGAAAGCAUCUGGAUGCCAAGCAUUAUGGACCGCUAUAAGGCAAGACCACGAGAAGAACCCUUCCGGUCAAUGUGUGCUGCAGAGUUUGCCUCUGAGUAUCGUGUGGUUUCCACUUCAGGCAAGCAAGCUGAUGGUGAGCAGCCAUCUAGAGGCACCACAAAGCAUGUCCUAAAUGAUCAUUUGGGGUCUGUACAGAAGCGCACCAGAUCAAAGCCUGCUAUCAUCCGCUUUGCUAAAUUCAAUAAGAAAAAAGAACCAGAGAAAUUCUACUUAACUCUGCUCAAGUUAUACUUGCCACACUAUUCUGACAUGCAGGUGAAACCGGAAUCGUUUGAAAAGUAUGAAGACUUCUACUUAAAUGGCUCUGUUUCAUUGUCUGAGAGAUCAGGUGUUUUGAAUGUCAGGGAUAUUGUCGAUAAUAACAGACGUAAGUUCGAGACAAAUCGCGAAGAAAUUGAGGAGGCACGUAAAGAAGUAGAAAAUAACAGUGGUGGUCUAGAUGAUGCUUGGGCCCAGAUCUUUCCUGUACAAGAACAAGAGAGAUCUGAGUGUCAAGACAUGCAAGAAAAAGUCCAACAUUUUGAUGACGGGGGUUGUGAGGAUGAUGACAUUCCCGAUCUUGCAAAAGUCAACAAGUCGAAAGAACAAAACUUCACCCUAGAAAGGUGCCAGUUGCAAAUUACUUUAAACACUGCACUCCCCUUAAUGCAGUCGCUCAACCGCAUCCAACAAAAUGUUUUCUAUUUUGUUCGAAAGUGGUGUAUGGAGAUGGCACGGGGAAAGCGCCCAGAGCCGUUUCGUGUUUUUGUCACAGGUGGUGCGGGAACGGGAAAGAGCCAUGUUAUCAAGUGCAUAUAUUAUGAAGCUACGAGAAUACUUCAGCAGACACAAGAGAACCCUGACAAAGUUUCUGUUCUCCUGACAGCACCCACAGGGACUGCUGCAUUUAACAUUGGUGGAAGCACUCUCCACCAUGCGUUUCACUUGUCAAUGAAAUAUGAGAACCUCAAAGAAAAGACUGUGAAUACAUUACGCGCACAAUACAAAAGCCUAAAAAUCGUGAUCAUAGAUGAGAUUUCGAUGGUUGACAAAAAGCUACUGCAGCAGAUUCACGAAAGAUUGUGCCAACUCACACAGGGACAUCCAGAUGCAUUUUUCGGAAAUGUGAGCAUCUUGGCAGUUGGGGACAUGUACCAAAUUCCUCCAGUCAGAGGUAAAAGCCUCCACAAGGAAAGAAAAACUGAGAUCUUUGACCUCUGGAAUCCCAUUUUUGAAGUGGUCGAGCUUAAGGAAAUCAUGCGGCAGAAAGAUGAUGCUGCAUUCGCAGAGCUUUUGAACAGGCUUAGGGUGAAGAGAAAGAAACAGAAACUAGCAGAUAAAGAUGACAAAACUCUGUCUUCAAGGGUCCUUUCUCUAGACUUUGCAUCAGAUGAGUAUCCUAAAGAUGCGCUGCACAUUUUUACCAGAAACGAUUUUGUUGCGCAGCAUAAUGACAGGAUGUUGAACCUCCGGUGUUCGCAUAUUAGACGAUACGAGGCCUCUGACUUUGUCAAAGAUCCGUGCACGGGUUCGAUGAAAAGGCGACAUCUAGCAGCAGGGGAAAGUGACGACCUGCCAGAUGUGGUCCGAGUCGGGGUCGGCGCUAGGGUCAUGCUUUGUAGAAAUUUCAAUGUGGAGGAUGGGCUAGUGAACGGUGCAUUUGGAACAGUGACGGGUGUGAAAGGUGGAGAUGAUCAUGCUAGUGAAGAUGCAACUGUUUAUGUGCUGUUUGAUAAUCCAAGGGCAGGUGCUGUGGAAAAGCAAAAGAGCUCUGUUCCCAAUGACAUACCUGUCAACUCAGUCCCAGUACAUCAGUUUGAGGGCGCCUUGAAACAUUUAAGCAAAGUCCAUCGCUACCAAAUCCCUUUGAAGCUGGCCUGGGCAUGUACCACACAUAAAGUGCAGGGCAUGACAACUGAUGAAGCAGUAAUCUCGAUGAAAAAUGUUUUCGCAUCAGGUAUGGCGUAUGUGGCCUUAAGCAGGGUUCGUUCAGUUGGUGGACUCCACAUUACAGACUAUAAGCAGGAGUCUAUCUACUGUGAUGAACAAGUAGAGGAGGCAGUCAAUGAUAUGAAGCAAUUACAGUUUAGAUCUGAUCCGUUCCAAAGUGUUGAUGACAGGUCUGAGAGCGAAAAGGUCCUGAGUGUAGUCCAUCACAAUACUGAAGGACUUGUAAGUCACUUUAAAAGUCUGAAAUCAACCUGUCUGCCCAAAGCUGAUGUCAUAUGCCUGACGGAGACAUGGCUAUCUGGAGACGUGCCGUCUUCUCAGGUGAAACUAGAAAACUUUACUGUGUUCCGCAAAGACAGGACACCUGUUUGUGAGGAAGGCUCUACCAUGUACCACAGCAAGUUCCUCUCAUGGAGGAGUGGCAGUAUAUGUACGUGA